AUGUUCAUUUUAAGGGGAGUCUUCUUUCUCUUUAACAUCCAAUUUGUCAUGGUCAAUUUCAUUGAUCCCAGGUGCUUUUGGAAAAUACAUGUGAAUGAAGUCAAGGAUGAAGAUUUGGGAUUAACUUGUUCUUUCCUCCUUGCAGCAGUUCAGACACCUAUUGGGAAAGAUUAUGUCAACCAGACUCUGAAUGUUCUAAAAACAACUAAAAACCACAAAUAUGCUUUGUCAUUAGCAUAUUCAGUGGAUGAAAUCAACAGGAAUCCUGAUCUUUUACCAAAUAUGUCUUUGAUUAUAAAGUACACUUUGGGCCAUUGUGAUGGAGAAAUUGGAAAAACUAUAUCCUAUUUAUUUCAUAAAAAAAAAGGCAGACCUAUCCCUAAUUAUUUCUGUAAUGAAGAGAGUAUGUGUCAGUUUCUGCUUACAGGACCCGAUUGGAAGGUAUCUUUAAGUUACUGGAACGACCUGGACAGCUUCUUAUAUCCACGUAUCCUUCAGCUUACAUUUGGACCUUUCCAUUCCAUCUUCAGUGAUGAUGAACAAUAUCCCUACCUCUAUCAGAUGGCCCCAUUUGUACAGGCAUGGUUCGAUCUCAGAAGCACAGAUUUACAUUUAGUAAUGCCAGAGUGGAAAUUUCUUAAGUAUGAAACCUCAGCAUCUAACUGUAAAAUACUGAAGAAGAAUUCAUUCAAUGCCUCAUUGGAUUGGCUAAUGGAACAGAAGUUUGACAUGGCCUUUAGUGAUGGUAGUCAUAACAUAUACAAUGCUGUGUAUUCCAUAGCCCAUGCACUCCAUGAGAUAAAUCUGCAACAGGCUGAUAAUCAGGCAGUAGACAAUGGGAAAGGAGCCAUGUCUCACUGCUUGAAGGUAAACUCUUUUCUGAGAAAGACCCACUUCACUAAUCCUCUUGGAGACAAAGUGUUUAUGAAACAGAGAGUAACACUGCAGGAAGACUAUGACAUUUUCCAUUUUGGCAAUCUUUCAGAACACCUUGGGAUUAAGGUGAAGUUAGGAAAGUUCAGCCCAUAUUUUCCAAAUGGUAGACACUUUCACUUAUAUGUAGACAUGAUUGAAUUGUCCACAGGAACUAGAAAGAUGCCAUCCUCUGUGUGCAGUGCAGAUUGUAGUCCUGGAUUCAGAAGAUUCUGGAAGGAGGGAAUGGCAGCUUGCUGUUUUGUUUGCAGCCCCUGCCCUGAAAAUGAAAUUUCUAAUGGGACAAAUAUGGAUCAAUGUAUGAAUUGUCCAGAAAACCAGUAUGCCAACUCAGAACAGAACAAAUGCAUUCAGAAAGGUGUCACCUUUCUAAGCUAUGAAGACCCCUUGGGGAUGGCUCUUGCCUUAAUGGCCUUCUGUUUCUCUGCAUUCACAGCUGUGGUACUUUGGGUCUUUGUGAAACACCAUGACACUCCUAUUGUGAAGGCCAAUAACAGAAUGCUCAGCUAUCUAUUACUCGUGUCACUCAUGUCCUGUUUUCUGUGCUCCUUUUUCUUCAUUGGCCAUCCUAACAGAGCCACCUGUAUCUUGCAACAAAUCACAUUUGGAAUUGUAUUCACUGUGGCUGUUUCCACAGUACUGGCCAAAACGGUCACUGUGGUUCUGGCAUUCAAAGUCACAGAUCCAGGAAAAAGAUUGAGAAACUUUCUGGUAUCAGGGACACCCAACUAUAUCAUUCCCAUAUGUUCCCUAUUCCAAUGUAUUCUGUGUGCAAUCUGGCUAGCAGUUUCUCCUCCCUUUGUUGAUAUUGAUGAACAUUCUCAGCAUGGUCGCAUCAUCAUUGUGUGCAACAAGGGCUCAGUUACUGCAUUCUACUCUGUCCUGGGAUACUUGGCCUGCCUAGCCCUUGGAAGCUUUACUGUUGCUUUCUUGGCAAAGAAUCUGCCUGACACAUUCAAUGAAGCCAAGUUCUUGACCUUCAGCAUGCUAGUGUUCUGCAGUGUCUGGGUCACAUUCCUACCUGUCUAUCAUAGCACCAAGGGCAAGGUCAUGGUUGCUGUGGAGAUCUUCUCCAUCUUGGCAUCCAGUGCAGGGAUGCUUGGAUGCAUCUUUGCACCCAAGAUCUACAUAAUUUUAAUGAGACCAGAGAGAAAUUCUAUCCAAAAGAUCAGGGAAAAAUCAUAUUUCUGAACAAAUAUUUCAGGAAUUCUGUCAAAUGUAAAGUUGGUACAUAACGACCUAAUAU